AUGGCAGUAGUGGACAUUGAAGAUGGCUUUCAAUCCUGGGGUUCACUCCAGUCCCUGGAGUUAAACUUGCCUCCUGGUUAUUCUUUCCAGGACCCCAGUGGGCUGAGGGAGCUCCUAGAGGACUGUUGGGAUGCAGACCCAGAAGCACGGCUGACUGCUGAGUGUGUAAGCAGCGCCUGGCAGCCCUGGCCCACCCACAGGAGGCCUACCUUUAUCCAGAGGACUAUCCACACAGCUGUCUACCUCUCUUCUCAGAAGACUAUCCCUCAACACCUGCUGCUGACAUUCUCCCCUGUAGGAGCGGCCUUAGCUGAGUGCCUGCCACUUGCCUCUAGCUUUGUAUGUUCCCCUCUUCUCUCUGCUUUUCUCCAGGGUUCCCUGUGCCACUACUUGACCCAGCACACUAGUGACUGGAGAAGUUCCCUGCGGAUGGCACUGUCCCUGGCCCAGGGGUUGGCAUUUCUCCAUGAGGAACGCUGGCAGAACGGUCAAUAUAAACCAGGCAUUGCUCACCGAGAUCUAAGUAGCCAGAAUGUGUUCAUUCGGGAAGACAGGUCAUGUGCCAUUGGAGACCUAGGCCUUGCUUUGGUACUCCCUGGGCUCACUCAGCCCUCUACCUGGGCCCCUAGUCAACCCCAAGGCCCAGCUGCCAUCAUGGAGGCUGGCACCCAGAGGUACAUGGCUCCAGAGCUCUUGGACAAGACUCUAGAUCUACAAGACUGGGGCACAGCCCUCCGGCGAGCAGAUGUUUACUCUCUGGCUCUGCUCCUAUGGGAGAUCCUGAGCCGCUGCCCAGAUUUGAGGCCUGACAGCAGACCACCACCCUUCCAACUGGCCUAUGAGGCAGAACUGGGCAGCACUCCUAGAACCUGUGAGCUCUGGACUUUGGCAGUAGAGGAGAGGAGGCGCCCCUACAUCCCAUCCACCUGGAGCUGUAUUGCCACAGACCCCAGUGGGCUGAGGGAGCUCCUAGAGGACUGUUGGGAUGCAGACCCAGAAGCACGGCUGACUGCUGAGUGUGUACAGCAGCGCCUGGCAGCCCUGGCCCACCCACAGGAGGCCUACCUUUAUCCAGAGGACUAUCCACACAGCUGUCUACCUCUCUUCUCAGAAGACUAUCCCUCAACACCUGCUGCUGACAUUCUCCCCUGUGAGCGGCCUUAGCUGAGUGCCUGCCACGUCAGUGUUCAGCAAGGCCCUAGCUCCAGUUCUCAUUUGUAA